CACUCUCCAGUGGAUUUCACUAAAUCAUUCUGGUACGUACCUGAAGACAGAGAGCGUUCCGUAUCGAAAAGCUCUUUAGGACUGGCAGUCUCGGCAAUUUUUUUCACGUAAGCUUCAGCAUCGAAUUCUGUGUUGCUAAAUUCGGUAAAUUGGCUCAGAUCGGUUUCGGCGGUAUCAGCACUUGAAUCCUCUGGAUGAGAAGACGAGGAUCGCGAAGAUUCGUCCUGUCUUUCUUCCAAUGGCGGGAGACGAUAAAAGUCCCGUAACGCUUUUCGUCUCGCGUUCGACAUACUCGGGCGGGGACUAGACAGGAAGAGAAUCGCUGUCUCAGUUUAAUGGAGCGAACAACCUCUACCGUACUACAUGAGGUGCAUCGGUUUACCGAGGUAUUACGCACCUUAACGUACUUUUACGAGCUUUAACGUAUUUUAAAGUAGUGAAGUGCUCUUCGCAAAAGUUUUUAAUAGUACACUACGCUGCCUUAUGCUUCCUUACGUAUCACAAAUUCUCACUAUUCUUCGAGUAAGCAAAACUUUUGGCUUCGGAGACAUUUGCACAAAACUGUAACGGCUAUACAGACCUCGUCCCUUGGUUUUGUUCUUCCGUUUCUUCUGCUAUUUCUAUCGGAAUUUUUCCUCUUUAAUUUUUUGAUUGUUUAAUGACGAAACGAAGUUUGGAAAAUGUUAGUGAUAAUGACUCGAAUGACUUGCAUCCUCUGGCUUCUUCAGAUGAAUCUCUCAUUGUUCGUAAGCAAAAUGCUUUAAAAAAAUUCCACCAUCCAUACAUUCCGUACAGCAUCCAAUUGGAUUUUAUGAAAACGCUGUUUGACGUUAUCGAGAAUGGUAAUAUAGGUAUCUUUGAGUCGCCAACCGGUACAGGAAAGAGUCUGAGUUUGUUGUGUGGAGCAUUGACUUGGCUAGAUGAACGUGGAAGCAUGGGUCUGUGUUCACAAGGAGAGACAGAAUUGCAAACAGGGACUACUGCUGUUAGUGAUAAGAAGCAUGGAGACACUCAUGCUGAUGACGAUGGCUUGCCGGACUGGGUCAUUUCCCAAGGUGCCGGCUUACAAAAAGAAACAGUGGAACAAGCUCAUGCAGAACUUGAAACUCGUUUAGAGGCUAUUCGGAAGGAACGUUGUAUGAAACAAUCGCUUUCUCGAAGGAAGCGUUUCCGCAGAGGACCAGGUCCUACGGAGAAUUCUGUAAAAGACUCAGGGUUAGAACGAUCAUCAGCAUCGUUGGAGGAAGACCUUUUAGUGCAAGAUGACACUUUUGCUGAUGGAAACAUGUUUACCGAAGAUGUUAGCCGUUUACUUCGUUUGCUGCAACCUUCAGACGGUACGCUUCCUCAAGUGCAAAAGAUUUACUUUGCAUCCCGAACACAUUCACAGCUUCAGCAAUUCCUUGAUGAGGUGCGGAAACUAGAUAUGACUACGUUUACGACACCUGUUCGUGCAAUCUCUUUGGCUUCACGAAAAAAUUUAUGUAUCAACGAAAAUGUGAAACGGCUCGGCUCCGCAGCAUUGAUAAAUGAAAAGUGCAUUGAAAUUCAAGGCAAUUGUCCAUUUCUACAGGCAACAACUCCCAUUGACGACUUUCGCGAUGCCGUGCUGGCGGAAGUGAUGGACAUGGAAGACAUGAUUACAUUGGGUGAACAGACACAGACAUGCCCGUAUUACGGCAUUCGCGAAGCCAUUGCUCCAGCACAUAUCGUGGCUGUCCCUUAUGCCAUGUUAUUGCAGCAGUCUACACGCGAUUCGCUUGGCAUUUCUUUGCGUGAUAACGUUUGCAUCCUGGAUGAAGCACACAAUGUUAUUGAUAGUAUAUGUUCCAUUCUUUCGGCCUCCGUAAGUCAAACAGAAGUGUUGCUAUGUCAAAAGCAGCUGCAAUGCUAUCUGCAACGUUUCGCCAAGCGUUUGUCUGGUCCUAAUCGCAUGCACAUUCAGCAGCUGUUGCGUAUUGUGGAUGAACUGCUUCAUGUUUUCGAAAGACUUGCGGGACAGGAAGCAUGUACAAUUGACCCAGCAACGUUAUUCAUUGCUCAUGGUACUGACCAAAUAAACCUGCAUCGCCUAACACAAUAUAUCUCUGCGUCCAAAAUUGCUCGUAAAGCAAAUACGUUUCAUGUGAAAAAUACUUUGGAAGCUGAGGAUGCCGAUCAUAGUAGGCAUGCAGUUCCAACAGGUACACCAGUAAUAAUGAAGCUUGCAACAUUUUUAACUGCCAUUGCCAACCCUUCUCCCGAAGGCAGGUUGUUUUACCGGAUGGAGUCGGUGGAAGAAACUGUACAAGGUCAUAAUUCUAAAGCUGUGUUGGAGUAUGCGCUGCUCGACCCGUCGCAUGAAAUUGCUGCUUUGGCUGAGCAAGCGCGCUCUGUAAUACUGGCAGGAGGUACAAUGUCUCCGAUGGAUGAAAUUGCACAGCUUCUAUUUCCUUCAUUUUUAGACCGAGUAAAGCAGUUUUCAUGCGGUCACAUUGUUCCCGAAUCAAACAUAUGUACUGUGGUAUUGUCAAAAGGCACUGGCGGGACACCGUUUCGUUUCACAUACAAAAAUCGCGGCGAUGUGAAUGCACUUCAAGAUUUAGGUCGCACUAUGUUGAACCUUACUGCAGUAAUCCCCGACGGAGUUGUCGUGUUCUUUUGCAGCUUUCGACAUUUGUCAGAGGCAAUUAGCUGCUGGAAAAAGUCUGAUCUGUGGUUGCGCUUAUGCAAACGCAAGCCUAUAUUCUAUGAAGAUAAAGAGCGCGAGGCUUUAGCGGGCGACGGAAGUAAAAAAAGCGUUUUUGAAGACUACUGUGCAUCUGUCACUGCUGGGAAAGGUGGCCUUCUUCUAAGUGUCAUUAAUGGACGACUCUCCGAAGGCAUAAACUUUUCCGAUCGACUAGGGCGAUGUGUAGCUGUUGUCGGCAUGCCAUUUCCCAAUGCUCAGGAUGUUCGUUGGCAAGCAAAGAUGUCUUUUGUGAAAGAGAAAAUGUCUUCUAAAACCGAGAAGGGCAUCGACCUGGAUUAUGAGUUUGCCGAGAACACAUGCAUGCGAGCGGCUAACCAAAGUAUCGGCAGAGCCAUUCGACAUAAGGACGACUACGCCUGUAUUUUACUGCUUGAUGAAAGGUACAACAAACCUUCCACGCAAGCCAAACUGCCCAAAUGGCUUGCAAACAAUAUCACUCAUGCACAAUCCUUUGGAGUCGCGAUGAGGCAGAUUGCCCAAUUCUUCCGAGGCAAGAAGACAAAUUAGCCUUAUGUCGCUGGUCGACAAGGCACAAAAACCGUUUCGAGACCUCCUCCCAUCACUCCCCUCAAACCGGUUUACCUUAACAAAGUACCACACCUAACCCUCAUACAUCACUCUCCGUACCCAAAUCAAUUAGUUCAUUCACUUUUUUCCAAAACUUUCGCAACAAACGAGCGGCCCAAAUCUUCCUUGACCAAAACUCUCGGAUAGGAGCGGACAUUAUGGUCCGAUGAAACGCAUGCCAUUAAGGAAAAAGACCGAAACAGUCCUAAAGGCAGAGCGUGCGUACGCAGUACAGCUUGCACACAGAAACCGUCGUCCCCUGAGACCACACGCAGAAGAAAGCACAUUAAUUCAAUGAAAGCCUCUGAACAUGCGAGAAAGCAACAUGCUCUAUGAAUAACAGGGUGGUGUUUGUGCAAAGAUAGAAGAAGCAUGUCCUGCAGCUUGCGUCCAUGCGCAAUCUAGCCGAACAAGAAAUCUCUAUUGUUGCUUACAUAUACAGAAACAAGAAUUCCAGCAUGCAAAAAAAACCCGAUUGCACUUUUGUUUUAAAUGGCAUCGACGUCGAACUCGAAGUCAAGAUCCUCAUCGCCUUCAACGCCAAAAGUGUCGGUUUCGUUGAUCUUGGCGGUCUCGGGAAGCUCACCUUGGUUCUUGAGAGUACGAGCCUCGUCUGCGGUGUACUUGAGAAUAACAUCACCCUUCUCGUCUUGAUACUCACGCAGAGACAGAAGAAUAAUAUCACCUUGGUUAAUCCAAACCUUUUUUCUCAGUUUACCGCGGAUGUGACCUAAACGCUUGACACCAUCGAAACAGGCAGCCUCAACACGACCGUUACCAAGCAUCUUGGUAACUUGGGCAUAGAUUUGACCCUCCUCAGCGUAAGUCAAUUCACGCUUCUCAUUCUCGUUCUCGUUCUUUCCACGACGACGAUUUUUACCACCUUUUCCCUUGUUCUUUGGCAUGUUGGUUUUGGGCAGGUUCAAGAGUACUGAGAUAUUAAAUUUAUCGCCUAGCUACUUCUUCAUCUUUAUACAUCAGAGUUUAGAAAACAUAGUAUUUAUGAAUGUAUACACUGUGCUUGUGU